AUAUUUGAUGAUGAUUUGUGAAUAUGCUGAUACUAUAUAAGCUGGUAAGUUCCUAUCUCUUUUCCAUUUUUUAUUCUUCAUCACGCCUCAUAAUCACAUCAAGAUGCGGUACUCUCUUCUUUUCGCAUAUGCAUCCGCAUCUGUAGCAAGUGUAAUUAGUUCAAGGGCCGAAGAGACUGCUAUCAAGUAUUCUACCUUGGUUUCUGAUUCAUUCAUUCAAAGGGGGGUGCCCAAAACCGCCCAAUAUGCUCAAGCAGUCUUCUAUCGAGGUGUUGAACUGGCAUACAAUGCCACCAGAAACGCAACAUACAUCAAUUGGUUAAAAUCACAAAUGGAUACUGCUGUAUCUGCAAAUGGAUCAAUUCUCGGUUAUCCAUCCUACCCAGCUUCCCUUGAUGAUAUUCGAAUUGGAACCAUCAUCCUCGAUACAUGGGCUCGAACCAACGAAACACGAUAUAAAGUUGCCGCCGACAAAUUACGUCAACAAUUCAACUACAAUCCACGAACUGCAUCUGGAGGAUUCUGGCAUCGUGCACCUACAUACCCAAAUCAAAUGUGGUUGGAUGGUAUUUUUAUGGCUGAUGUCUUUUAUGCUCAAUGGACAUCCUACUUUGAUGCUGCAAAUGUUACUGCUUGGGAUGAUAUCCUCUUGCAAUAUUCGCUUAUUGAAGAACAUUGUCGCAAUCAUACCACCAAUCUUAUCGUUCAUGGUUAUGAUGAAAGUAAAACUCAAGCAUGGGCUGAUCCUGUAACAGGAGCAUCACCUAAUGUAUGGGAUCGAGCAUUGGGAUGGUAUUUAAUGGCCCUCGUCGAUGUUCUCGAUUACUUCCCUAAAUCACAUGAAGGACAUGCAAAGCUUCUUGAUUGGUUCAUUACUGCAUCAGCAGGAGUAGCUGCUGCACAGGAUACAACAGGUGGUUGGUGGUUAGUUAUGAAUGAACCAUAUCCAGGAAAAUCACGCAAUUAUAUCGAAUCUAGCGGUUCAGCAAUGUUCAUCUAUGCGAUUUUGAAGGGUGUUAGAAAGGGAUAUCUUGGAAGUGAAUAUAUUGCACCAAUGAAGAAGGGUUAUGAAUAUCUUGCGGAAACUUUUGUCGCCUUUAAUGGAACGAAUGGUACUGUUAAUUGGGAAGGAACAGUUGUGGUGGGAAGUUUGGGAUCGAAUGCUACAUUUGAGUACUAUACCUCGAUUGCUAUUGAUGAGAAUGAUUUGAAGGGUGCUGGACCUUUUGUUUAUGCUAGUGUAGAGUAUGAACAAUUGGCAGCAUGAAAUAUUGUAUGCAUUGGUUUGUUUACCAGGAACGAAGGCUUUAAGAUAGUUUGAUUGGUUUGAUCAACUAUGCCACAAAUCUAGUACAUGAAGUGAUGAAUUGUUUAUGCGAGAAAGAUUGUUGAAAUCAAGGACUUCUCAUUAUGAGACUAUAGCCUGAAAUGUCGAAGUAGAGAAGAAUUGUAUAUACCCAUCAAGGUUUCUACA